CUAAAUUGAGCUCGUUUGAGUGCUGACAGACGAUUAGAGUAGAUAGUCCUCCUGUGCCUUUAGAUAGAUAGGUGCAGAGAGAGAAAAGGCUUUCUGGAUGGGAAUUUUGAUGUGUCAAAGGUCGUGCAUCAGAAGAUGUUUUCUGUGAACUGUCUACGAGCACGCGUAGUUCUGUCCUCGUUAUUGUAGUUGUCUUGAUCUGACAUAACGGCGUUUUGAUUCUAGCCCGCUCUGACAGUUCAGUUCUUUUGUCACUACAGUGACUUGCUGCUUGUGAUGGUAGUGUGCAGUGCCGUUGUGGCGCUUUGUCCGUGGCUACUGGCGAAGUGCGCUGGAGAGAUAUAGUUGUAUUACAUCAGUGCACCAAGUGACUGGUGUGCGACACAGAGAAGAGAAAGGGCUCUGGCUGAAUGGUGCGUGUUGAGGGAGGGGUGUUAAUUAUCAUUAACAUUUGUACUAGUCGCUCAAGAAGCAUUUAAGCACCAUUUAGAGUAGAGGUGCAUUCAUGGAAUGCGACUGUGACCGCUUCCCACUGCCUAUUUAACUUUGACCAAGACAAUACAGAGGAGUGUCAGAGAAGGCUGGUAGAGGUGAUGGCAGAGACAACCCUGGAGCCACUGUCCUCUCUGGACGUAGCCAUCGAUCCGGAUUUUGAGCCACAGAAACGGCCGAGAUCAUGCACUUGGCCACUGCCAGAGUCCGGCUCGGUGAAGCCUGCAUCCAAUGACACUGACAUAAUCCCAGAGGAAGAGGAUGAUGAGGAUGACAAUGCGAUGGCAAUCAACGCCAACAGUGUGGGUGAAGGAGAGGACAAUGGCAGCCCAAGCCUGGCUGAGGAACUGCAUCCCGCUAGCGGUCAGGAGAACACAGGCUCCCCGCUUUCUUCUCACCCCACUUCUGCAACCACGGCGAGUCCGGAGGCGAGCGGUCAGGGCAGCCAACAGCAAACUCCCCGGAAGUCAUCUUCAAGGAGGAACGCAUGGGGCAACCUGUCCUACGCAGACCUUAUCACAAAAGCCAUAGAGGGCACCCCAGACAAGAGACUGACAUUGUCCCAGAUCUACGACUGGAUGGUCAGAAGCGUCCCAUACUUUAAAGACAAAGGCGACACAAACAGCUCAGCUGGUUGGAAGAACUCCAUCCGGCAUAACUUAUCCUUGCAUAGCCGUUUUAUCCGUGUACAGAAUGAGGGGACUGGAAAGAGCUCGUGGUGGAUGAUCAAUCCUGAAGGGGGGCGGGGAGGUAAAGCGCCAAGGCGACGUGCAGUCUCCAUGGACAAUGGUAACAAAUACACCAAAACUGCACGUGGGCGUGCAGCCAAGAAAAAGGCAGCACUGCAGGCUGCCCAGGAGGGUUCGCUGGAGAACGUAUCUGCUGGUGGUCUGUCCAAGUGGCCAGGAAGUCCCACUUCCCGGAGCAGCGAUGAACUGGAAUCCUGUUGGACUGACUUCCGCUCACGAACUAACUCCAACGCUAGCACCCUGAGUGGACGCCUGUCACCUAUCCUGGCCAAUCCAGAGCUUGAUGAUGUUCCAGAUGGCCCACCCCUGUCUCCAAUGCUCUACUCCAGCCCCAGCAGUCUUUCUCCUCCCUCGUCGUCCUCAUCAAACUCGAAAACGUGCCCUGCUGAACUUCCAGGGCUAGCUGACUUGACUGGCACAAUGAAUCUCAAUGAGGCUGACAACCUAAUGGUCGAUCUGUUGGACAACAUCGCCACACAAGUGCAGGUAGUUCAAGGGUCUUCUGCGUUCAGUUUUGGCUCCAAGAGCACCACAUCACCCACAAGUUCCUCUUCAUCCCAAACUGUGAGCAACAACACUGGUGGAUUCAGUAACACCAUUUUUGGGUCUACAGCAGGAGGCCUACGUCAGACGCCCAUGCAGACUAUCCAGGAAAACAAGCAAAUGUCAUUCUCUAGCGUUUCUUGUUUUGGGAACUCACUUCAGGAGCUGCUGAAUUCUGAUUCUCUGGUCACGCACAGUCAUAGUGACGUCAUGAUGACACAGUCGGACCCACUCAUAUCACAGGCCAGUGCUGCUGUCACCUCUCAAAACUCCCGUCUUCGCAAUGGCCUCAUGCUGCGUAAUGAUCCCAUGAUGUCAUCCUUCAGUUCUGUGCUCAAUGGGCGAAGCAGCCACCUCCAGAACAAGCAACUGGGGUCCAAUGUCCAGGGUUCUUUGCGUUCCCUCUCCAACAACAGGGUGCAAAGUCUAGCUAACAAUGCUAAUAAUUUAGUCUCCGCAAAACAGCACCUCCAGCCACAGCCCUCCAUGUUGAUGACCGAGACUUCGCUUUACUCUGGCCUGAAUGGAAGUAACGGGGUGGGGAUCUGUCACCCCUCAGGAACAGAUCGUUUUCCAUCAGACUUGGACCUGGACAUGUUUAACGGCAGUCUGGAUUGCGAUGUGGAUUCCAUAAUUCGCUCAGAACUAAUGGACUCUGAUGGACUGGAUUUUAACUUUGAUGCACUGGUGCAAAACGCCGUUAGUCUGAAUCCUGUGGGAAACUUCACCGGGACGAAGCAAUCCACUCAAAGUUGGGUGCCUGGCUGACGGCAGACAUUUAGGCUCAGAACUGCAGAGAAAACAACAAACAAUAGAAUAACAACUACAAAGAAAUAUCCUGCACAAAAAAAAAAAAAACAUCCAACAGACUUGAAGUAUCCUUUGCCAAGUUUGCUGUCUGCGGCAAGCACUUGAUAAUAUGCCUGUUUACAGGUCCAUCUGACUACAACAUUCGGAUGAUGUUUACCUUCAGUUCAGCAGACCGAGACUAUAACAAAAGACUGCCCAUUGGAGAAACAAACAAACAGCGAACUCACAGAUCAUUAUGCAACAUUAUGCAAUGUUUGAAAUUGUCCCUUUCUUAGAGGUGAUGUAAUCUAAAAAGAAAUUUAAAGAGGCCUGUUGUAGCUUUUCUGUCAUAAACAUAGUUUCCUUGGCCGGGGUCUCUUUCUGCUUUCCCUAAUAUUUUUGUUAAAUGAUUAGCUACUUCUGUCAUCCUCUAAUUACUAACUGUGUAGUCACUGAUCGAUAUAGAGGUGGAGACUUGACCUGAAAAAUUACAGAACUCAGGUGGAGUAAUGUAGCUCGACACAGUGCACUUAAACCAUUGCUUUCAUUUUUAAUUCACUGUUACCAUUCAGUAGUUAGCCUAGUUCCCAAUCUGAAAUAUAGUUGCCUCAUAAUAAUACUUAAGUAAUACAUUUUUGUGAUUGAAUAUAACCAUAUAAGGAUGUCUGUCUGUAACUGUACUAAAAAGUGGUAAAAUUGAAAGCGUAGCAGGUGGAGGCGUCUUAUUUAGCCAGCAAAGUUAUGUUUGGAUUUCUCGCAUAUAAAUGUAGCCAAAUGUAAUGAACAAGUAAAUAUUAACUUGCAUCGACAUUUCCAUGCCAUACCAGGUGCUAAAUAAUCAGUGUUGAGCCCUGUCCUAUCAUUAAGCCAUCUGUGUUUCCCUGGCCACGAGGACAUAGUAUAAUUGAUUAGCAUUAGCAAUUAGCAUCAUGGCGGCAUUCAAUGAUGGAUGGGCCUUUCCUCAUGAAGCCAUCUUUACUGAGCAAAAACAAUAAGCUAUCUUUUAUAUAUUUGCCAAAUUACUUGAAAAUGUAGGAGAUGCUGGCAGCCAAAAUCACAAAACACACAGUGAAAUUGGGGACUUUUCUGUCCCUGUAUGCAAAAUGCAUCACUAUUGCUCAGGGUAGAGUGGGGUCUCCAUUAUAACAUCAGGGCCUCAUCUUGAAUUAACUGCAACCUGGCUGUACACAAUUUCAAAAAUGUUUUAUGGACAUUUGUACAUGAAUAACAGUCUUCUGAAGUAAGGAGAUGAAGCAACAGGAAUCCAUCCUGUGUUAUUGUCAGUUUAUUGAUGUCUUUAUGGGGGGGUUUGUCACUUUAUUAAACUUUUUUUUUUUUUGUUCAGUUGUGCUCAACUAUUAUCACAAAUCAUGUACAAAUCCUAAUGUUCUGUGUUUCUGUCCCUCGGAGAGGGUUACCCUUCACUGCAUACGUCCUUGUAUGCAUGCAUGUAAAUGUACAUAUGCACCGUGUGUAAUGCAUAUAUAUGUAUACAUCCUGCUAUACUUAUGAAAUUUAGUGUUAAUACAGAUAUACCUUUUAAAGUCCAUGUGUUAUAAAAUAAUGUAGUUGUUAAUUGGGCAGUUGGACAGACAUGGCUUACAGCAGGUGUGUCAAAUGAAACAUUACUGUAUGCAUUUAACUCUUUAUGCACACUACAUGCAUUUCAUAAAUUAGUAAAGCUGCUCUAAUAACCAAUAAUGUGUAAAAACAAAAGCAGAGCAGAUUAAAUUGACUAUUUCACAUAUAUUUUGAUUAUAUGCUUGCAAAUUUGGUAAUUAGGGAAUAUUAAUCAAACAUCAUUGACAAGAGAAGUUUAGAUGCAAAAACAUGCAACAAUGUAAAUUAAAGUGUUUAUCUGUCCUACUGUAGGUAAAAAGUAAAAUCUAGUACAAAUUACUGAUAUAAUAAAUAAAUGCAUAAUUUUAGCCAUAUGUUUGACACACCUGCUUUACUCCAAGAUUCCACACCCUAAAGCUUUUGCCUUCAUCAUAUUCAUUUGUCAAACUCAAACUGUAACUAAUGAUAUCCAGUACGCAAUGAAUUGGUAAAUUACCCCUACAAGACAUCUGAACCUUGUAAAUUUUUCAGAGACAAUAUUUUUACUG